UCAGCGAACAUAAUCGUUGGUACGCGCCAAUUGCGCGGGAAAAGAUAAAUUGAAAUAGUUUAGUAUUUAGUCAGUGACUUUAACACAUUUUAACUAAAAUGUCUAAUAAAAUGAUCUUUGUUGGAGAUAUAAUAUUACCAAGUUUAUCAAAUCUUAAAUGUAUUAGUGCAUAUUUAAUAGUUGAAAAUGGAUUGAUAACUGAAAGAGGUGCGAAGGAUUACUUCUAUAAAUACCAGGAUAAUUUUAUUAAAAGGGGUUACCAAAUUAAAAUACUAGAACCUCAUCAAUUUUUGAUGCCGGGAUUUGUUGACUGCCACACACAUGCACCACAGUUUCCAAAUAUUGGUCUUGGUCUUGAUCGUCCUUUACUUGAGUGGCUUGAUAAAUAUACAUUUCCUCUAGAAAGUCAAUAUAGUGAUGAAGAAUUUGCCGCUAAUGUUUAUUCUAAAGUUGUAAAAAGGUUGAUCAACAAUGGCACAACAACAGCAUGCUACUUUGGAACUCUCCAUUUAGAAGGCACAUUGGAACUUGUAAAGAGUGCCAUAAAACAGAAUCAGAGGGCCUUCGUAGGCAAAGUUAGUAUGAACAUUGAGAACGACGCAGGAUAUUAUAAUGAUACUGAAAAGGAGUUAAGAGAAGUUAAAACAUUUGUUGAAAAAGUAUUUGAGUAUAAUAAUGAUUUAGUUAAUCCCGUAAUCACUCCGAGAUUUGCAAUCAGCUGUGAUAAUGAUCUAAUGAAGAAAUUGUCAGUAAUAGCAAAACAAAACUCAUGCCUUAUUCAGAGUCAUAUAUCAGAGAAUAAAAAGGAGAUAGAGUAUGUGCUGAGUACUAAUCCAGAAUGUACGAGUUAUUCUGAAGUUUAUGGACGUUGCGGCCUUUUUGAUAAUAAGUGCAUCAUGGCUCACGGGGUGCACCUGAGUGAGGAAGAGAUCGAUAUGUUCGUACGUAAAGGCGCAUCCAUAGCGCACUGUCCGGCCUCCAAUACCAGACUCAAGUCUGGACUCUGUCCCGUGAGGAAAUUACUCAAUUGCGAGGUCAAAGUCGGUCUCGGAACUGACGUAUCAGGAGGCGAUAACGCGAGCAUAUUGGAUGCGUUGAGACGCGCAAUGGACGUAUCCGAACAUCUCAACCUGUUGGGCGGCAAGGAGCCUGCGUUAAAUUGGAAGGAGGCCCUAUAUCUUGCCACGCUGGGUGGAGCUAGGGCUCUAUUUAUAGACGAUAAAAUCGGAGGUCUCGAGGUAAAUCAGGAAUUCGACGCAUUACUCAUAGAUUUGUAUUCGAAGAACAGCCCCAUAGAUAAGUAUACAUACUCUGUGGCACACGGAGAGGAGGAAGAAAUUUUGGAACGAGUUGAGAGGUUUGUUUACUUGGGCGACGACAGAAACAUUGUACAAGUGUAUAUUAAGGGUAAAAAAGUUAAAGAUAUUUUAUAAAUAGGGGUAAUAGCUAUUAUUAUAAAAAAAAUAAAUGAUAGUUGAAUAAUAAUAGCUCUAGCCAAUCGGUCUUUAUAUACAAUUAAUUUAUUUUCCAACAACUUUGUUUUUAUAUAUAUAUAUUUAUAGAAAUUAUAUAUAUAUAUUUACAGACGUUUAUAUUUAAAAAAUAUAUUUAGAAUUAAAAUUAGUAAAUUUGUGACUUUCUAUUACUGGGCCGCAGAUCAAAAAUCUAUCGAUUGGUAUAUAUCGAUUAAAAUAUCGAAUUGAUUCGAUUAAUAUUCAUGUUUAUUUUAUUAUAAAGUACCAUCUAAAAGGGAAUUAUUUUUUAAUGAACGUACCAAGUGACAUACUUUUUAGUCUUUUUAGUAUGUAUAUUAUAUUUUAAGUUUAUUAUUACUUAAGAACUAUUACUUAAAUUAAUAUAAACGCAUGAUUUAUUAUGUCUCUAUGAUGUAUUGCUUAAUAAUAAAACUCUGGCGGAAAAAUCACGAGUUUCUUGGACAAUUCAAUGUAAUACACGCAGCAAACUUCUAGUAACACGGACACCUGUGCUCAAAACGCUGCGGUUUUCCUGCUGGAAACUUAUUGCUGUGUAAAAUAUCGUAUAUGACAAUUUUAAAUUGAGUGUGUAUUGUGUAUAUUUGCUAUAAGGUAUAAAAUAAUUGAAUUGCUUGCAAAGCUGAGAAAAUUUAUUUUUUUACUGUAUUUA